CGAGGAGGAUCAGCGGUGUGAGGGCUGCGAGGAGGACAGGGCGUGUACCACGUGAGAAGCGUGUUCAGAGGCUGGCUGGGUGGGAGGAGAAUGUCCAUGGGAUUGGCACAGGUCUCGAACAUGGGGCUGCUGGGGCAGUCGCGCAGCAGAUCCUGACGCUCAGCGGAUCGUCCCUCAGGUGUCAGCUCCCAACAGCAGGGAAGGAAGCCUGCGGCGGACCCAGAGGAGACCGGCGCCAACCUCCCCGGGCUCCGAUGCACAGGCCCAGAGCCCAUCAAUCCUAAGCCAGCCCCGCCCUCCGGGCUGCGUUCAUCCGGCGGCGCAGGAACUUCCUGCGCGGUUGCUAUGGUUCCGAGGGCAGAACGAUGCGAGGCAGUCCUGUACUAUGGGAGGCUGCCCUGUACGGAAAAGAAGAAGAAAUGGCAGUAAAGAGGGCAAUCAUCAUUCUGCCCAGCCCAAAAGGAAUAAGAGAAACCCUAUCUUUCAGGAUUCUCAAGAUACAGAGUUCUCAUGGAGUGAUAAUGAAAGGAGCAGCAGCUGCAUUAAUAUCCCAGAGAGAGCAAGUGGACCAGAAGGCAACUUAAACCAGAUUGUUACUGAACCCAAUGCAAACAUUCCCCAGUUCUUGCAUGAGGGGUAUGUACCAUGCCAAGGUCUUUACUCCCACAUCAACCAGACCUUGAAGGAGGCUCACUUCAACAGCCUGCAGCAGCGAGGACGACCUCCAACAUUAUGAACUAGGACUUCCUUAUUCCAACGUAAACUGUGUUUAUGAAAGCAAUUGCAUACACACCAAAAAAGUCUAUUGGUUUUUAAGUCUACAUUUUAAAUAACAAGUUAAUGGGCAGUUGUUUAAUUGGGGUUUUACUGCACUGUUGCAGUUUUAAAGGGUCUGUGAAGAAUUUUUUAUGAAAUUUUUAUUUUUAUUUUACUCUUUCUACAUGGAGUUUUCAAGUUGGGUGUCAAAUUCAUGUUAAGGUAGCAAUAUGAGGAAACUUCUCCUGUGCAUUGAAGCCAUAUGUCCAAUUCAGAUUGAUUUCCAGAUCCAUCAAUUAGAAACUCUAUGUUAAACAUCUUUUUAAAAUACAAGUAAGUCUUCAUUUUAAAAACCACAAUAGCCUAGUAAAGAGUAUGUAGCUUUCAUUUAAAAAAACAAACAAAAAAUCCACACUCAAAAUACUGUAAGUUAGUAUUCCCAAAUAUGCAAAGCCAGAUUCAGUCUUGCACUGAAAUGAACUGCCAUACUCCCCUCAGAAGGUAGAUAUUCUAUUGAAAUUGCUCUCUACUUGUAAUGGCAACAAUCAGACCCAGUUUAGACUAUGAACGUGAAAACCUCUCUCUAAUAACUGUCUCUACACUUUGUAUUUCCAGGGAGAAUGUUUCUAAGGUUCUUGUAUACUUAGAUACCUUCUGUAUCAUUUAUCCUCUAGAGUGUGCACUUCAGACUUAGUAGGAAACACUUCUCAAUUCUGUCAGAUAAGAAAUAUGUAAUUACAUUUUGUCUUAAAUGAAAAUUUAUUACAUUAGCACAUUAUGUGAUCUCAUAAUUCCAUCUAUUAUGUAUAGAGUAAAUGUUAAUACAGUGUAAGCUUCUAAACUGAUGUUUAAAGUAACAAGAAUUGUGGAAGUGGGUUGGAGAACUGCCCACUUUAUGCUACACGGACCCUUUCAUAGAGAUAAGGGGGCUAGCUUCCAUUAUUAAAAUUGCGAAGAUUCGCAUGGCUUAGAAACAAUAAGCUGAGAUGCCAUUAGAAGAAAUAGGCAGUAAUAUUGAUUUAGAGAUGGGGGGAUCCCCAUGUUUUAGUCAUACUAAAGAACCAACCAAAUUUGAAUAGGGAAUUCAUAGAUGUGCUUCCUCAGUGGUGAGCUGUGAGAACAAUGGACCAGGAUGCAUCAGGUUGUCUGCCCUGGAGUAUGCAAGGUGUACAACCUGUUGGUAGAUUUAAACAAAAAUGCUUUAGAGUCUAACAGUCCUCUCCUCCCUAGUCACAUUCUCUUUUGCACUAUAUUUGGAGGUCCACAGAGUGGAAACUAGCAGAUCUGUGAACUAUGGAUAGCUCUACAAAGAGGUGUUUGCCAAUUGGCAAGGUUUGGAAAAGAUGUAAGGUAACAGUUUUACUUAAAGAAGAAUGAGAUUUUAUUAAAUGACAGAAUUAACGUAUGAAAAUGAACACUAUCCUAGGAAAAUAAUACAUACAUACACACACACACACACACACAAUUUUCAUGGUUGUUUCCUUGAAUAUGGGUAGGAUUUUAAGGAAGAUACUUGUAGUAGAAUUUUAGUGUUACGGAGAAAAAAUUACAACACUAUAUUGGCCCCAACCUUAGGGAGUAGGCAUGAGUCAAUUAUUUCUCAAUUAGAUGGUUUGAGUAAGAACAUUUUUUCUAUGGCCAGUGCUUCCAAAGUCAAUUCCAGAUGUAUGUGAGAAGAAAUUUGAAUUCUAAAAGGUUUUAUGGCAGAAAACAGAGAAAGAAUACCUGGCCACCAGUUUCUCUAACAAUAAAGUGAGCAACUAAACACUAAAGAAGAUGAAAUAUUUGAACUUUCAACCCACAUGUACACAACAGGAUUCAGAAAUACCUAGGAAGAAUUUUGCGGGCUUAAAUACACAGCAUCCUACUGAAAGAAAGUGUCUGUUAAAAACACAGUGUAGUUGAAAAGCUGAGAAAGCAAAUUUCCAUUCAUUCCCCCUAUUUAAAAAUAUGAAAGAUAGAACUAUCACCACAACAAAGCACUAUUUUUUCAAAGUAAAAAAAAAAAAAAAGACAUAAUAAAGCAAUUACAUACACACAGAAAAAGUGUUGGCUUUUCAGUCUCUAUGACUUUUCAGUACUUAUUUGAACUAAGUAAGCACAGUCUUAUUCCGGAGUGGUCAGUGUAAAUCUCGUGUCCUAGUAAAUACAAUAUGCAAUCUCUGUCCUGUCUUUUGCAGAUUGUGUAAACCUGUUCAUGUCAUAAACUGGUUUAUGUCCUUUGGUCCUGAAAUAAAACUCAAUACUUCACAGCAGGGAAGGAACCAGGCUGUUUAAAACUAAUUAUCUCCACUAUGAAGGAGAAGUAUUUUCAAGGAAUAUCAGAAGAAAGUAGAAAGUGAGAGGAGGUUCCAGCUGAGCUUCCAGAGUCGAGUAGGGGCUCAGAAAGCUGUGAAACUCAUCAUUUCCUGCAUCAGGACUUACUUUGGUCCUGGAUGAAUAGUAUUGAAGAUACAUGCUUAAAAUAUUCCUAACAUCAGAAUUUGUGCCUGUGUUUCCUUCCCCAAGAAAGCUAUAAACAGCAAAAAUUUUGUUGUAAGCUUCCCUGUGUCCUCUCUCUCUCCCUUCCCCCUCCCCUGAAACUAAAAGGAAUGUUAAAAGCCCCUUUUUCUGUGACCAGCAGACCUUAUCUAUGUUCCCAAUUCCAAUUCCUUGUAAACACAAUAUGUAAAAUCCUGUGAGAUCCUGUCUCCUUUGUCAUGCCACUGCAAGGUUAUAAGUAGAUAAAACUUAAGUUACAAUUCCGGUUUGCCUCAAGAUCUGAGUCAUGUUAAUUGUCUUUGUUUCUCGCUCUGGUAACAUGUUCCUGCCGCACAUAUUUCCCGCCUUAAAGAGUUUAAAGGGUGUUCAAAAAAUCUAACACUGGCUACCCGCUUGGUACCCCUUCUACGCUGUGGAAGCUUUGUAUGGUCACUCUGCUUAAUAAAGCCUACAGCUUGUU